AUGGUUUCCAUGAUCAAGAUCCAUGGCGCCGGGGUGGCAGCCGUUGCCGUGCUCCUCCUGGUCGCCAUGCUCCCUUCCCAUGCGUCUACGACCAUGGACGAGCCGGCCGUGUACAAGCACGCGGCUCCAGCUCCGUCGCCGACGUCGCCGGCCAAGGCCCAACCGGUGAUCAUGGUCCAGGGCGUCAUCUUCUGCAAGACCUGCAAGCUCCCCGGCUACAACCGCGACAUCGACGCCUCGCCUCUCCCCAACGCGACAGCGAAGCUGGUGUGCUACGGCGGCGGCGGCAAGAGCGGCGGCGCGUACAGGGUGCUGAACAUGACGAGCACGCCGACGGACAAGACCGGCUACUUCCUGUUCAUGGUGUACGACGUGGCCAUGUUCAGCCGGGAGAGCUGCAGGGUGUACCUCCGCACGUCACCCACGGCGCGCUGCGACGCGCCGUCCCUGCCGGCCGACGCCUCGCUGGGGAUCGUGCUCGAGCAGUCGGAGAAGAAGAAGAACGUCUACAGCUCCAAGAGCGUGCUCAUGUACGCGCCGCGCAAGGGCCGCAAGUGCCCGCGUCACUACUGA